AUGCGCUGCAGGCGCCGGCAGCUUCGGGCCGCGUCCGCGGGGGAUGCGACAAGUCUCCCUGCGGCCCUCAACCCAAGUAGACCACCGGGACCCACCCCGUCUUGCUCCCUGGCCCUGCGGGAGCAGCACCGGACGCUGACAGUUGCCGCCAGCAGGGCCAGGAGAACUUUAAAUAUUUAUCCAUCCCGGCUCCUAGCUUUCAGGGCUGAUGAAAUCCCCACAGUCCAGUGGGAUGAAGAUGCCUUCCUUCCUGGAGUCAGCAGGGAAGAGGAUGCCCACCGCCGCCACGUUGUGAAGAGGGGGCCACAGCCCUGGCAUGCAGCUCUUCCCAGUAGCCCAGCACCUGCCCCUUCUGCUCAGGAGAUCCCCCGGCCUGCCAGUGGCCCCCGGCCUCCCCGCUGUGGUGUGCCUGACCCACCAGAUGGGCUGAGUGCCCGCAACCGACAGAAGCGAUUUGUACUGUCAGGCGGGCGCUGGGAGAAGACAGACCUCACCUACAGGAUUCUACGGUUCCCAUGGCAGCUGGUGCGGGAGCAGGUGCGGCAGACCAUGGCGGAGGCCCUGCAGGUGUGGAGCAAGGUGACACCACUCACCUUCACUGAGGUGCAUGAGGGCCGUGCGGACAUUAUGAUCGACUUCACCAGGUAUUGGCAUGGGGACAACCUACCAUUUGAUGGACCUGGGGGCAUCCUGGCCCACGCCUUCUUCCCCAAGACUCACCGAGAAGGGGACGUCCACUUCGACUAUGAUGAGACCUGGACUGUCGGGGACAACCAGGGCACAGACCUGCUACAGGUGGCAGCCCAUGAAUUUGGCCAUGUGCUGGGGUUGCAGCAUACGACAGCAGCCAAAGCCUUGAUGUCCCCCUUCUACAACUUCCGCUACCCACUAAGCCUCAGCCCAGAUGACCGCAGGGGCAUCCAACACCUAUAUGGCCAGCCCAGUCCCGCCCCCACUUCCAGGGCCGCAGCCCUGGGACCCCGGGCUGGGAUGGACACCAAUGAGAUUGCACCGCUGGAGCCGGAAUCCCCACCAGAUGCCUGUGAGGCCUCCUUUGACGCAGUCUCCACCAUCCGAGGCGAGCUCUUCUUCUUCAAGGCGGGCUUCGUGUGGCGGCUGCGUGGGGGCCGGCUGCAGCCUGGCUACCCAGCACUGGCCUCUCGCCACUGGCAGGGACUGCCCAGCCCUGUGGACGCCUCCUUUGAGGAUGCCCAGGGUCACAUUUGGUUCUUCCAAGGUGCUCAGUACUGGGUAUACGACGGUGAGAAGCCAGUUCUGGGCCCUGAGCCCCUCUCUGAGCUGGGCCUGGUGGGGUCCCCGGUCCAUGCUGCCUUGGUCUGGGGUUCCGAGAAGAACAAGAUCUACUUCUUCCGAGGCGGGGACUACUGGCGUUUCCACCUGAGCACCCGGCGUGUGGACAAUCCUGUGCCCCGCCGGGCCACUGACUGGCGAGGGGUGCCCUCUGAGAUCGACGCCGCCUUCCAGGACGCUGAUGGCUAUGCCUACUUCCUGCGUGGCCGCCUCUACUGGAAGUUUGACCCUGUGAAGGUGAAGGCGCUAGAAGGCUUCCCCCGUCUCGUGGGCCCUGACUUCUUUGGUUGUGCUGAGCCUGCCAAUACUUUCCUCUGAUCACGCCUUGGAUGCUGACCCCUGCUGGGUCCUAGAUAUCAGGCUAGAGACUUACAGCCAUCUUUAUGACUGUGGGCACCAGGCACAGGACUGAGCCUGUAUCUCCUCAGGGGAGUGCAAGGGGGGGUGCAACCACCAUGACAACUGCAGGGAGGACCACGCAGGUCGUGGUCACCUGCCAGGGACUAUCUCAGGCUUGGGCAGGGAGGCUUUGGCAUUACUUAACGGUGAGGGUGGUCUUGGGCCAGCUCUGCCCCACUUGUGUGGGUCCUGGUCAAACCUGGCUGCCCUCGGUCUCUGUCCUUGACCCUCAGGGUAGGAUUGUGGCAAGGCGGGGAAAACUGGAGGGUCCUUGCUCUUUCCUGGCUGUGAGCUUCUUGCUGGGGCUGGCACUAGAGCAGAGGUGCCAGGGCCCCAAGGCUUUCUGCCCUGGUGGAGCAUCUGGGCCAUGGGGCAGAUGGGUCCUUUCCUGAUAAGUCAGCUCUGGGUGUCUGCAUCUGGCUGCCUUCUGGAUAGUGAUCCUUGAGAUGUUCCCCAGGGUCCAGACCUAAAUGUUCACAGUCAGCUGGGGAUGGGGAUGCUUCCUGCAGGAAACCAGAGGUCCUGGAGGCCCUGACAUACCUCAAUCCUGUCCAGGACCACCAGAUCCUCUUAAAGCCCUCAUCCCAGCACUGCUAUACUCCAAAGCCAUGUAAAUGCGUGUACAGUGUGUAUAAAACUUUUACUUCUUCUUUUUUUUUUUUUUACUGUUUUUAUUAAACAUUGUUGUUUUCUA